AUGGAUUUCAGCGGUGUCCAGCCUCCUUACCUGAACCCGGCCGUCCCCUUCUCCGGGAUAAUCAAAGGGGGCCUCCAGGAUGGACUUCAGAUCAUCGUCAAUGGAACUGUUCUUUUCUCCAGUGGAGCCAGGUUUGCUGUGAACUUUCAGACUGGUUUCAAUGAAAAUGAUAUUGCCUUCCACUUCAACCCCCGGUUUGAAGAGGGCGGGUAUGUGGUCUGCAAUACGAAACAGAAUGGAUCCUGGGGGCCUGAGGAGAGGAAGUUCCAAAUGCCUUUCCAGAUGGGGAAUUCCUUUCAGAUCUGCUUCCUGGUACAGAGCUCAAAUUUCCAGGUGACAGUGAACGGGAACCAUUUCUUGCAGUACUCACACCGUGUACCCUUCCACCGAGUGGACACCAUUUCCGUCAACGGUGCUGUGCAGCUAUCCUACAUCGGGUUCCAGAACAGCUGUGCAGCCCCCAUGCAGCCCUUCUUCUCCACGGUGCAAUUCUUGCAGCCUGCCCAUUUGGCCCCCAAGCCCAAGGGGCGCAGACCAAAACCUCCAGGCAUUUGGCCUGCCAACUCAACCCCCGUGUCUCAAACGUUCAUCCACACGGUUCAUGGCACCCCUGGACAGAUGUUUCCGGUUAAUCCUGCACCACCACCUACGGCAUACCCUAGCCCAAACUAUUCGCUGCCUUACUUCACUGCCAUCCCAGGUGGGCUGUACCCAUCCAAGUCCAUCAUGGUGUCAGGCACUGUCCUGCCUAAUGCCCAGAGGUUCCACAUCAACCUGCGUUCUGGGGGUGACAUUGCCUUCCACCUGAACCCCCGCUUCAACGAGAAUACUUUGGUUCGCAACACCCAGAUCAACAAUUUUUGGGGGCCUGAGGAGCGUAGCCUGCCUGGAAAAAUGCCUUUCCUCCGUGGCCAGAGCUUCUUGGUGUGGAUCGUGUGUGAAGGACACUGCUUUAAGGUGGCCGUAAAUGGCCAGCACCAGUUGGAAUACUACCACCGCCUGAAGGACCUGCAGGCCAUCAACAACCUGGAAGUGGCAGGUGACAUCCAGCUGACCCAUGUGCAGACAUAG